AUGGCGACGAAAAAGUUGCCCAAGUGCAGGCCGCUCGGUUCGUCCGGCCUCAUGGUCACCGAGGUGUGCUUGGGGACCAUGACUUUCGGCAUUCAGAAUACCGAGGAGGACGCGCACGCUCAGCUGGAUUACGCCGUCAAGGAGCGCGGCGUCAACUUCAUCGACACCGCGGAGAUGUAUCCCGUCCCGUCCAGCGCAGCCGGGUGGAAACCGGGGACCACCGAGGAGUACAUCGGAACCUGGAUCGAGAAGAACCCCGCGCUCAGGUCGGAGAUCGUCCUCGCGACCAAGGUGGCGGGCUACAACCCGGGAUCCGAGACGGGCGGCAACCGCUUCGUGCCCCCGAAGCCCAAGGCUGACUGCCGCCUCGACCGCGAGUCCGUCCUGAUGGCCUGCGACGCGUCGCUGCGCAGGCUCAGGACCGAUUACAUCGACCUCUACCAGCUCCACUGGCCCGACCGAUACGCGCCCAACUUCGGCCAGAGCGUCUACGACCCGAAGCAGGAGCGCGACGCCGUGCCCAUCAAGGAGACCGUCGCGGCGCUCGGCGAGCUCAUCGCCGCGGGAAAGAUUCGCCACUACGGCCUAAGCAACGAGACCACCUACGGAGUCUGCGAGUUUGUCCGCGCCGCCGACGAGCUCGGCGUGCCCAGGCCGGUGUCGAUCCAGAACUCGUUCUGCCUGCUGCACCGCACGUUCGAGACGGAGCUCGCGGAGGCGUGCGCGCCGAGCCACUACGACAUCGGCCUGCUCCCGUGGACCCCGCUCGCGGGCGGCGCCCUCUCGGGUAAGUAUCUCCACGGCAAGAAGCCGGCGGAGGGCAGGCUGGUGAAGUACCCCAACUUCAUGCAGAGGUACCUGAACGCGCCGUCCGUGGAGGCGACGGAGGCGUACGAUGCGAUCGCGAAGGAGGCGGGGAUCUCUCUCGCGACGCUCUCGCUGGCGUGGUGCCGCACGAGAUGGUACUGCGCCUCCACCAUCAUCGGCGCCACCACCAUGGAGCAGCUCAAGGAAAACAUCGACGCGUUUGACACCGACCUGGUGACACUGAGCGAGGAGACGCUGAAGGCGAUCGACGACGUGCACUUCGCGAGGAGGGACCCGUGCAUGAUCCCAUCCUCGGCCCCGCCCCGCGCGCUGAGGUAG